GGCACAUUCUUCUACACUGUGAAUAUCGUGCUGAGCUCAAAUACAACGAUAAGAUGACAAGCAAUAUGAUUUCCAGUUCGACAUCAUUGAAAUGCCCAUUCGAAAAGGAGCACGAAUUAUAUGAUGGGCUACAUAGUCUACAUGAAGCUCAGCGACUACCUGGCUAUCCUCAAGUCUUGCUACAAGACACAAUAGAAAUGGCAAAAUUUCUAUCCAAAGAUCUUCGCACACCAGUGCUAGAAAAACUCUCUCCCCGUUUAUGGUGGAUGUCCACACAGUCAAGCGCACAUGUGGGGCCUCUUCACCAUCAGGCUGUCAAACUACGCAAUAUCGUCAUUUCGGAGAAUCCUGAGCUCCAUCUCAUCUGGUACUACGACAGGAUCUUCAUCAAACCUAUACCGAAAUAUUUAUUAUCUUUCGAUUUCUGGCAUACCUAUCUUAUAUCACCAACUUCGCCCUUGGGUUCCGAGAGAGAGAUUACUAAACGCUCGGCGCUCGGCUUUCUCCGCACCUAUCGAUAUCUCGUACAGUAUGAAUCCGAUUUUAAUAUAGCUUUAGAGAAAAGGCUUUUGCCGGAGGCAACAACGUGGGAAUCCUUCUCCAGGUUUGCUUUGAAUCUCCGCAGAAUCGACGAUGCCGAUGUUACGGGACGUUAUGAAUUCGGGGAGAUACGCCUCUCAAGAUUGAAUUUUUACAUCAAGAUCAUUCUUGGAAAAAGCACUUUUCAUAAAGUAUACAGCCAAUAUGGAGCUUAUUUUGGACGUUUUUAUGGUCCUAUUCUGUUUAUUCUUGGAAUAGCAUCAAUUUUUUUGAAUGCUCUGCAGUUGGAAAUGGCUGUAGAAUCGCUUGGAAGUACUCCAUGGCAAAGCGUUCGGGACAUAAGUCGAUACACUAGUGUUCUAGCAGCAGUUACACUUUGUGGGAUUGCAUCGGUGUUAUUUUUAAUACUUGUUUUCCGAAUAGCAGCAGAGUGGUAUCAUGCUUGUCGUGAUCGGAGACAGCAAAGACGAAGAUUGGAUCAUGUUCUUUGAAAAUCCCAAUACCAGCCAAAGGGAGAUGGUUGAGGCUGUGACAAUUUGCCUUGAUAGAACUGCGAGAGCAGGGUACAAUUUAUUCUUAGAAUCUACAAGUACAGAAUCAAAAGCUACGAGCGCAUCUUUGUAAUAGCUAUGUACACGUGAUCUUACA